UCCCCUCCCCCUUCUGUCAGGGAGCGUCUGCAUCAGUGUGUUUGUACGUCUGCCUGCAGCAUGGCGUCUCUCGGCCUCCUGCUGCUCAGCGCCGCUCUGAUCCACACCGCCCAGUCUCUUCCUGCAGGUCGUGAUGGGGGGCGUGGCCUCGACAGCGCAGUCAGACGCCAGCGCAGACACCUUCGUGACCUCCUGCCUUACGGAGACCAGAUGAUGUCAUAUCCUUCCUUUAAGGCAGGAAGUGGGGCUAAUGAUGUCUACUACCAACCAGAGGACUGGAGGGGGAGGGGCUUGGACCAGGCGCUGCAACGAUUGGUGGAGAGAGAACAGAGAAGGGAGAACGAGGAGGAGGAGCGAGCAGCCUACCUGUCAGCUCUGCUCCGCCUCCUGAGUGAGGCAGAGAGCGUGGGAUUGGUCGGUCCGGGUGAUGUGGAGGUGGUGGAGGAAGUGGAGGAAGAAGAUGAAGAGAAUGAUCAGGGGCCUCCAGGGGACUUCCAGGACUAUGAUGAGACGGGGCAGAGGAUGAGCAUGGGGAGGCCCCCAGCUGCCUGGUGGAGCCUGGUGGGGCCUCAGCAGACUCAGGUGCUGCUGGACAGGAUGGAGCCCCAGCUGGUAAAGAGUCUGCUGCAGAGAGCCGGACAGACAGGAAGGGUCUCAUCAGGACUGAACCGAGACCAGGACACACUCAGGCGGCUGGUUGCUAGGAUACUGUCCAGCAUCGGUCCUGACGACGUCCCAGUGAUGAGGUUGGCAAAAAGGGGCCUGUCAUUCAAAACAGCUGGACCUGUUAGCUCCGCCCACAGGAGAACCCGCCGGUCCCUUGAUGACAUGGCUCCUCCAUUGCCUAGCAACAGCCCUCCUCUCCUCAGGGUAAAGAGGCUUGAGGAUGAAGAGGAGGAAGAACAGGAGGUGCUGCACACUCAUGUCGGCAGGCUACAGAGGAUGAAACGCAUCGACACCAUGGCAACAGCUGAUAUGGAGGAACUGAAUCGUGAGAAUCAAAAGCGCCGCAGGAGAGCCGCCAUGAACUACGACCCCCAGAUCCUGAUCAGUCAGAUUCUGGAGUACGUGGAAUGAGAGGAAGAGGAGCAGGAGGAAACAUGAGGAAGAGGGGGGGAAGGCUCACGUGAGGAGGAGGGG